AUGUUCCGUGGGAAAAAUGGGGAAUAUAGUGAAGAUCAAAAAAUAUUAAUGAAUACUACUGAUAUUGAGAAGUCGGAGCCCGAAGUUAGUGAUGUGAAUACACCUCUUUCGGAUAUUGAGGACGAGGUAGAUGAGAGCGAUAAGUCUACCGGGUUUCAGUUCGCUGCAAACCUUAUGAAGUCAAUUACAGGCUCUACCUCUUUGAUAUUUCCAUUCACAAUAUGGAAGAUGGGUUUAGUUACUGGUACAUUGUUCACUCUCUAUACUGUGUACAUAUAUGCAACUACCACCUGGAGAUUGCUUCAAGUGUAUAAUCAUUAUAAGGGAGAGCAAAAGAUUGAAAAGGACCCAAGGUAUAACCUUGACAACGAUUAUACCGUUCUUUGCUACAAGUGUUUCGGAACUUUUGGCUAUUGGUUAAUGUUACUCAGUACUUUAAUUACUCUUUGGGGAUCGGAUAUGGGAACCAUGGUACUUAUGACAGAUCUACUCGUGAGUUUGCCGUGGUUCAAUUCGUUUUCGGAAAACGAAACGACGCGUCGAUUAGUUGCAACCAUCAUUUUGUUCAUUUUGUGUUGGUUGACUUGCAUUUUCAAAAAUCCGACUUUGUUAGCCGGAAUUUCUUCUUUGGGAUUGAUAGCGCUGAUUGUUGCCUUCGUAGCAGCUUUGAUUUAUGGAGGAAUCACAUUUGGCCUGAGUUGGGAUUCAUCAGUUUUAUGGCCUCUGAGUUUCAAAGACGUUCUUUCGACAUUGGGUAUUGUAAUCAAUGCUUUUGGUUUUAUGUUGUUAUUAUUCCCUCUUUAUAACGAAAUGAAGGAAGCAUACAAACCAAAAGUCGGUCGCUAUGUCAACUUUGGAGUAAUUACUAUCGGUUUACUUUAUCUUAUUCCUGGUAUCAUUCUGUUCCUCAUGUAUCGAUCGGAUCCAAAUGGAAUUCACGGCGCAAUUUUGAUGAAUCUGCCCCAGGACUCUCUCUAUUACAUCAUCAUUGCCAUCACUAUGCUCAUUACUUUAUGGGGAUCUUAUCCUCUUCUUUUGCUUCCGUGCUUCCAAAUUCUGGAAACCAAUAAGCGUUUGAUAUUUUACAUUGCGUUUAAUUGGUUAGCUCAUCGUGAUGGUAAAUUCUUCGUGAAGGAUGCAUAUCGUUUUUGGACGCGAACGAUCCAAGUGGUAUUGCUGACUGUUCUUGGUUUCUAUAUUCCGAUUUUCAGUUCAAUCAAUGCAAUCAAUAUCCUUGAAUUCAAAUGA